AUGCUCUUCCAUCCUGUCUACAGGAUACUCGCUGCGGCCUUUCCCUUAGUCGCAUUUUGUGCGGCCAGCGAUACCUCCGAUGAAACAAAUACCUAUCUUUGGGACAUGGUCCCUGAUUGCGCAAAAAACUGCACUAAAAACUUUAUCGCAUCCGAGUACACUUCGGCAGAGUGCAGCGACAAAUCGAAUAUCAAGUGUUUGUGUCGCUCGGAAACAUCCAGCAAUCUUACCAUUGGGGAAGGAGCGCUGAGUUGUGUAUAUGCUUUAUGCACAAAGGAAAUUAAAAAAAGUACCAAUGUCUAUCAUAUUUGCGAUUCGGUGUCCGGGGCUCUGGCAGAGACGCAUGCCACUCUCACUGCAACUACAUUUGCUGGUGUGUCGACUACGACGACAAAGGUGACGACAACAAGUUCAAUGACGACGAUACCCACGACGGAGUCUAGUAAAAAAUCGGCGACAUUCAUUUCCACAAGCUCAACUUCGACAUCUGACGAAGCGGCGUUGAUUACGUCUUACCACCCAUCGACCUCUGCGUCCGAAAUAUUGCCCUCUACUAGCUCUGAUACGUCCACCACAGCACCCACAAAUUCGUCGAUCGCUGCAACCGGUAAAGAUGACAGCCAUGGCGUCACUUCAGCUACAGUCAUCGGGGUGUCCGUUGCAUCUGGCGUGGCUGGCUGCUUCAUCAUAGGAGCAGCCGUAUUCUUUGGUGUGAGGAAAUGGAGGAAGAAGAACCAGAUGGAUUUCGAAAUUGGAGGAGAUAUGUCCGAGCCUUCUAAUUUCUCCGAGCCAUCAUACUCGCGAGGGCCUUCGCCAGAUCUGAAUCCAGGAUCGUCAGAGCUGACCGCCAUGCGAAGUCCCCAGGAGAUGUCCCAACUGUCGCAGCCACCGCGUGCUUUUCAGUUUACAUCAUAUUCUCCAAAGUCUACAGCGCCAGGAAUUCGCCUGGUAGAAACACCACGAGACGAACAAAAUCAGCGAAUAGGCUACGCAAUUACCUCAGAGUCGGACUGGGAGGGCUCUCCUAGGACAGUGGAUUCGCAACAUACCUUAGCAGAGCUGCUGCCGAUUCAAACUGCUAGUCUAUACCCAAGGCCACUGAGACUGUGGUAUCGACCGCCUAGUUCAGGGACUGUAUUUGAAGAGGAUGACAACCAUCUCAUGGCAGAAAAAAGCUUACCUCCUCUACCCAGUACGAGGAAGAAUCCGAAAACAAGAUCACCGCCGGUGAUACUGGGUCUACCAGCGAAUCCUCGAGCUGCAAAAGAGGGAUUCCCGGCAUCGAAGUUCAGGCGUGUCCAGACCCAACAAUUAAGCUCGACACAAUCGCAAACACCUCGUGAAAAACCAGCAGGCCCUCGCACCUUAGGACCGCCAUUCACCGCCACCCAUUCCCGCAGAUCAAUGAUCUCAAACAGCAGCAGUGGACAGAACGACAGCUCCGGAGUAUCAGACCACGCAUUCAACACCUACCUCACAACAACACCUGGCACGACCGCACCAGGCCGCAUCCUCAGCGGCAUACUCGAAGGAAACCCCCAUCCACCCAAACCACCAUCACAAUCCUUAGCUCAAGCACCAGACAUCGUAUCUCGACCACGGAUUGUCCGCGCAGCAGACAUCAAGCGCAUCCCGCCUGGCGAGCGUCCACCCAGCGAGAUCCUCGCCCCAUACUGCCCCGAAGAUUUCUGGCUAGAACGUGGUCGGGGAAAUGCGCCCUCUCGCUCCGUUUCCACUGAACUUCCAUACCCGUCGGAGACCUUUCCGGGUAUGGUUUUAUAUCCAAACAGCCCGAAGAAACGACCCGAGGAUGCUCCCAAGAGAAUAUCACCUACAAGCAGGAAUCUAACUCCUUCGAGAAGAGGGGAAGACUUGUGUCUUAGCGUGGAUUAG